CAGGUCGUAGUUGCCGUGGCCAUAGUGCUCCUAAUCCGUAACAGGCAUCAGUCAUCCUCGCCCGUAUGGAGCGAGUCAACUGGCGGGGACAGGAAUGCGCUGCUCCGGGAAGGCGAAUUGCUCCAAAAGCGCCUUGACGAUUGGCGUCGUCGUGCUUCAGCUGCGCGUAUAGAGGUUGAUGCUUUGGACGCCAUGGCAAGCCUGCGUCCAGGGGCGCAGCGUUCCGGAGCCGGCGGCAGCAGCAGUAGUAGCAGUAGCAUUGCCGAGUUGUCGCCAACCUGCAACCCUAAUGGCCACCCAGUGACUACCGUGGCUCCCCUCGAGAUGAAGUACAUGAUGCGCUCCGCUGACGUGGUAGAGGCGGAGCAGCCGGAGUUUGCAAAGCUGCUGGCAGCGCAUUCCAAUGAGCACCGGGAAAUCAUGUUGGCGCUGGCUAACGCAGUCAUGAUCUGCCAGAACACCACCAUCUGUUGGUGGAACGGCGGUAACAUCCUGGAGUCCUUCCUGGAGAUUCUGGAGCGGUCCAACAUCAGCAACCACCUCAUCGGGGUCACCGAUGACGAGACAGCUCGCUACCUAGAGGACCGUGCCGCCCGCCGCGGCCCCGGCUCCUUCGCCGUGCACUGGUUCCGCCCCAGCGUGCGCAUCCCCGCCUCUCAGGCCAAAACGCGCGAGGCCAACCGCGUGUCGUCGCUCAAGUUCUCGCUGCUGCAGACCUCGCUGCAGCUGGGGUACCACACCAUGAUCACGGACAUGGACCUGGUCUACCUGUCCAACCCCUUUGACGCGCUGCACCGAGACGCCGACAUCGAGUCCUCCUCCGACGGCUUUGACGAGAUGGCGUACGGCAGCAUGAGCUCGGUGCACGACCCCACCAUGGGCUGGGGCGGCGGCGGACUGUUCAUGCAGACCUUCACUGUGAAUGUGGGCUGUGCCUACAUCCGCGCGACGCACCGCGCCUUCGCGCUCGUGAAGCGCGCGGCGGACGAGCUGGCGCAGCAGCCGGGCUGGGACCAGCAGGUGUUCAACGAGCACCUGCUCACCCAGUCGCAUGGGUCGUACGCCGCACCCUACGCCACGCUGCGGGUGAUGGACAUCGACAAGUUCGUUAACUCCAAGAGGUUCUUCAGGAGCAAGCGCGCUGCCUACCUCCCCGGCGCCCGCUCCACCGCGCCCACCCCCGUCAUGGUGCACUUCAACUACCACCCCGACAAGCACGCACGCAUGCUGUGCAUCAUGGACAGGUACUUCCGUGGCAAGGUGGACGCGUGCGAUAAGUUCCCCGGCGGCUCCGACCCAGGAACAAGAUGAUGACGAACUUAAUGGGAUUGACAAUGGAUAAAGGGGCCUUCCCUGACGAAGAAAACAAUGCUCGGGCUAUGUCUUACUGGUUCGUGGGAGUUCUGGAGGCUGGAGGCCGUUUCGGUAAAUCGACAUGCGUGCUGCGUUGGUGACUUUUUCUUCGUCGGGGGAACUUCUGUGAUCACCGCGUACGCGCAACCAGACUGGUGAUAUGUUUUAUAAAGCCUACUGUUACCUAUUGGCUACUGAGGGUCUUACGGACUCCGACGGCAGGUGAUUGUUGAAUCAGGGUGCAAAUGGUGCAAGUAAAUAGCGUUGCCCGGAGGGGCGCUUUCUUAUAAGUCGUCGAUGUAAGACAUGCGUGAAGACAUGCUGCCGUUUGCUGCUUCUACCUAGCAAUUUGUAACCUAGGCAAACAUGGGCGCUCGUGACGGGCUGCUGUUCGGUCGUCAACCUACUCGAAGGAGUGAUGUUUCUCCCCGUUUCAUGUAAAGCGCAGC